AUGAAGGCCAGUUUAAAACGAAAGAGCCGUAAUGAUCAUGAAGACGAUGACUGUGUCGACGAUGAAGGAGACGAUAAUAUUGAAGAUGUCGUACAUGUGCCCUUUGAAUGGCCACACAAAGAGCUUCAAACACAUACCCAAGUUCUUUUACCAGAGAGUAAAAAAUUGGUCCCCAUUCCAUGGGGAGGAAGUCUUCCUAGGAGAGACAGGUCAAGCAUGUAUCAAAGGUACUGUAGGUUGAUGUUAAUUUUUUUCAAGCCGUGGAAACACGGGAAAGACCUACGAGUAUCUGGGUUAAGUUGGUCAGAGGUUUUUUCAUUGUUUUGUGAAGAACAUCCUUGGUGGAAUGAUCAGAUGGAUAAUAUGCAGAUGUUGCAUGAAUGUAGAGAUAGUCGGAAUGAUCAUUUUGAGGAGCGGAGGCGA